CGAUACGAACGCGAGUCGCACCAAAUAUGAGAUUGGAUUGGCUUAAUUGCUUACCCUCGCUCUCCUCUCCCGUUCGAAGCCGGCGAGCGGCGAUGGCGUCUUCCUGCGGCGUCGACACUGCAGCCUGGAGCCGCCGCAUCCUCCUCUUCUCUUCCCGAUCCCAAAAGACGCGCUGGGGUAGAUGCUCCUUGGGGUUCCCCUGCCGGCUAUUCUCCUUGUCCUCUGGUGCCGUUCCGUCGAACGCUUUGCCGGCGAUUUCUUGUGGAGGAGCGCGCUCUUCUAGGGAUCCUUAUUUGGAGACUCCUACGCUCCGUGAUCUUUGCCGCGGCAAAGUGCCGGAACACAUCUUGCAGAGGUUUUACGUACUCCAGUCUGGAUAGUGCGUAUAACAGCUGAUCGCUCAACUUACCAUUCGAUGAUUGAAUGCCAGGGCAGAAGAGAUUGGUUACACUCAACCUACUAAUGUUCAAUGUCUAUCCUUACCUCUUUUGCUGUCUGGAAGGGAUUGUGUUCUCCACGCUCAGGUUCUGGAAAAACAUUGGCCUAUCUUUUAGCAGUAUUUUCAGCCAUAGAUUUCACUAGGUCCUCUGUUCAAGCACUUAUAGUUGUGCCUUCUAGAGAACUUGGAAUUCAAGUUACAAAAGUGGUUAGAGUGCUCACUGCAAAGCCGGUUGGAUUUGAGAUGAUACAUACAUGUACAGUCAUGGCUUUGUUGGAUGGUGGUAUGUUGACAAGACAUAAGAGCUGGUUAAAGGCUGAACCUCCUCAAAUAGUGGUGGCCACUGUAGGGAGUUUGUGUCAAAUGAUUGAGAAGAACAUUCUUAAACUUGAAGCAAUGAGAAUUUUGGUUAUUGACGAGGUUGAUUUUAUGUUCCAUUCAUCUAAACAAGUGUACCCUCUUAGAAAGCUCUUGGGAUUGUAUUCAACAAUUGAUACUCGACAGACUGUGCUUGCUAGUGCAUCUAUUCCUCAGCACAAUCGGUUUCUUCAUGAUUGUGUACAGCAAAAGUGGACCAAGAAUGAUGUGGUUCACGUCCACGUGAACCCUGUGGAGCCCAUGCCAUCACAACUUCAUCACAAAUUUGUGAUUUGCAAAAAGAAAGAAAGACUAUUUAUUUUACAGUACUUGCUUAAGUGUGACUCACCAAAGUCGGGUAUAAUUUUUGUCAGCGAACAGUCUGAGAAAUCGAAAAGGCUAGGGCAUCCACCUCCAACUACUCUCGUCCUGGAUUUCCUACAAACUUCUUAUGAAGGAGACUUGAUGGUUUUUCUCUUAGAUGAUGACAUGGACUUCAAUGCUCGAGCGAGCUCCUUCUCGGAAAUUAGAGAAAAAGAGUAUCUUUUGGUCUCAACAGAUAUAUCUAGCAGAGGCUUCGACUUGCCGCAGACGACACAUAUCUACAAUUUCGAUCUACCAAGAAGUGCCAUUGAUUAUCUCCACCGAGCUGGACGAACGGGGCGAGAUCCCUUCUCUGAGAAUGUAUGCAGUGUCACUAGCCUUAUCACACAGGAGGAGCGAUUUGUGCUACAAAGGUUUGAGAACGAGUUGAUGUUUAAUUGUGAGGAGAUGUUCUUGGAAGCUGUUACGACUUGAAUAUCUUCAUAAUUCUCAGUGAGUAGUUAUUUGAUUUAAAGUUGAAA